AUGGCACUAAGUGCUGCUCAUCAGUCGUCGUCCAAUCUAAUGCAGUUCAGCGAGGAUGUCAUCAAGCAAUUGACGCCUGAGGAAAUUGAUGAAUUUCGAGAAGCUUUCAUGAUGUUCGACAAGGAUGGUAAUGGGACAAUUUCCACAAAAGAACUGGGUAUCGCGAUGCGGUCACUUGGCCAAAACCCUACCGAACAAGAAAUUUUGGAAAUGAUCAACGAAGUGGACAUCGAUGGAAACGGGCAAAUCGAAUUCCCCGAAUUCUGUGUAAUGAUGAAACGAAUGAUGAAGGAAACAGAUUCAGAAAUGAUCCGUGAAGCGUUUCGGGUGUUCGAUAAGGAUGGAAACGGUGUGAUAACUGCUCAGGAAUUUCGAUAUUUCAUGGUGAUGGUGAAAUUGACUACGAAGAGUUUGUGA